AAUUAGGAGUAAUAUAAGAGAAUUAGAUGAGUAGUGCAAAAAGUCAAAACGUACGAAGGGAGUUUAGUUCUAAAUGUACAACCAUUUGUUUGAAGAUACAAAGUUACAUUUCCAAAGAAAUGACAAAUGUCAUAAGAAUCCAAUUCUUGGAAACAUAGUAGAAUAAGAAUAACCCAUUUGGUUGACUUCAAGACUACCAAUUAAAUGAUCUAUAGUGAAUAUGUAGAAAGAAAAAAAAUUACAAAUAAUUCUUCAAAAUUUUAAACUUAUUUCAACCAACCAAACCAUUAGGCAUGAGAAGAGUCUCCAAAUUUCCCUUCCCAAAAUCAGCUUAUACCAAAGUCUUGUAUAUAUACACAAAUAAAACUAAAAAAGAUUCACACUACAUACAUUUUGACAAGAGCAAAUUUCUACUACUACUACAAAGCAGUGAGAGACUGAGAGAGCUGAGAGACAAAGACAGAACACAAAUUCAAUAUCUUAGAUCAGAUCAAGUGUAUGUCAAAUAAAUAAUCAUCAUCUCUUUAUUUUUAUUCUUCUUAAAAUAAAAAUAAAUAAAAUAAUAAUUAGAAAGCCACCUUCAUCUACAAGCCUACUUCACCGACAAUCAAUCCCCCACAAAAUACCAACAAAUUUUAUCCCCAAUCCAAUCACUCCUCUCCACCCCACUUUAUCCCUCCCCUCAUACCCUCAUUCCAUCUCCCUACAAUCUGAUCGCCACCACAAAUGGUGGUCGAACCUCCCACAAAAUGGACACCCCGGCGCAACAGCAACCCAAAACUCGACACCUCCCCGGACCAAAUCCUCCUCGAAAUGCCCCAAACGCCACCAUCCGACGCUCGUAACAACAUCCACCACAUCGCCGCCGUGUCCGCCACCACAUCAAUCACAACCCUGACAAUAGUCCUCGCUUGGUACUCCUCCAACAUCGGCGUCCUCCUCUUAAACAAAUACCUCUUAACCAUUUACGGUUACCGUUACCCUAUCUUCCUGACCACGAUCCACAUGAUUGCAUGCACCUUCUACUCCUCCUUCGCCAUCCACUCCCUCCGCCUCGUCCCCGCUCAGUACAUCCAGUCUCGCAAACAACUCCUUAAAAUCUUCUCCCUGUCCGUCAUCUUCUGCUUCUCAGUAGUAUGCGGUAAUGCGUCACUCAAGUACAUACCCGUAUCCUUCAAUCAGGCUAUUGGCGCAACCACCCCUUUCUUCACAGCCAUCUUCGCAUUCGUAAUCACUUGCAAGAAAGAAGCACCAAUAGUAUACUUCUCCCUCCUCCCUGUCGUACUCGGCAUUGUCGUUGCUUCCAAUAGCGAACCCCUAUUUCACCUCUUCGGAUUCUUCCUCUGCGUGGGGUCCACUUCUGGGCGAGCCCUGAAGUCUGUAGUACAAGGAUUACUUCUCACAUCGGAUUCCGAGAAACUCAACUCAAUGAACUUGUUAAUGUAUAUGGCCCCUAUGGCUGCUGCUGUUCUGCUUCCGUUUUCGCUUUACAUCGAAGGGAAUGUAGCUGGGAUAACAAUCCAGAAGGCGAAACAAGAUUGGUUCAUUGUUUUUCUGUUAGUUGGGAAUGCUACUGUGGCGUAUCUAGUAAACCUCACUAACUUCCUGGUCACAAAACAUACGAGUGCGCUCACGUUGCAGGUGUUGGGGAAUGCGAAAGCGGCGGUUGCGGCGGUGGUGUCGGUCUUCAUAUUUAGGAAUCCGGUCACGGCGAUGGGAAUGGUUGGAUUUGGGGUUACUGUCAUGGGUGUUGUGCUUUACACCCAAGUUAAAAGGAGAUCUAAACUUACAGCUCAUUGAAUUGUUUUUUUUUUUUUUGGGUAAAUAAUAAAGAUACCAAAGACAAUAACAAAAAAAAUAGAAAAAAGAGGAAGAAUUAUUCUUUGUGUUUUUAGGAGUAUUUUUUUUUAAAGGGAGAAAAAUUAACUCCAUUUACCAUCAUAGUGUUAUUAUUAUUAUUACUCUCCAUACUUCAAAGUUGAUUAAAUUUGUUUUUGUUAAAUUAUUAUAUUAUAUUUGUGAUUUUUUUUAUUUGAUAGGGAUAUUGUUGUUAUUCCAAAGGGAGAAACAACUUGUGAUGAGCAUUAAUAGAAAGGAAAAGGAGAUUCCAUUUUUUUUUUGCUAGUACUUGUAUUUUGUAUAAGGACCAAUAAAAAAAAAGUUAGCCAAAAAGAAGAAUGGCAUUAAUGUCUUCUUCCUUUUUUCUU